AUGAUCAAGAGAAAAUUUUGUUUAUUAUUUUUGGCUGUAUUUUUUGUGUUAACGAUUUUUAAAAAAUUAUCGAAAUGGGAAAUAUUUAUUGAAGCAUGGUACACACAUGAAGAAACAGAUGACGAUUAUGAUCGCAUGAAAUUAUAUGAUGUAUUAGGUGUUGAUAAAAAUGCAAGUAGUGAUGAUAUAAAAAAAUCUUAUAGAAAGUUAUCAAAAAAAUAUCACCCUGAUAAAGCUAAAGAUAAAAAUUCCAAUAACAAAUUUAGUGAAAUUGCAGAAGCAUAUGAAAUAUUAGGUGAUGAGGAAAAAAGAAAAAUAUAUGAUCAUUAUGGAUUAGAGGCUGCAAAAAAUAUGGAAAGUAAUAAAAUGGAUGAAGAUCCAAGUGAUCAUUUCAAUAUAUAUGAACGAUUUUUUGGUACAGGUUUUAAAAGAGAAGAAGAAAUAAAAAAAGCCGAUAGUCUAACAUUAAAUGUAGAAAUGAGUUUAGAACAAUUAUAUAAUGGAGAAUUUUUCUCUGUAAUGUAUACAAGAGAUGUUAUAUGUUUAAGAAGUGAUGAUUGUAUUGAGAGAAAGAAAGAAUGUAGUGGCAAAGGUUAUAAAACUAUUACACAACAAGUAGCACCUGGUUUUAUUAUGCAAAAUAAAAUAAAAGAUGAUGAUUGUAUAGAUAGAGGAAAGGCUUGGAAUAAAAGAUGUUCUUAUUGUCCAAAUGGUAUGAAAGAAGAAAAAACAAUUGAACUCACUUUAGAAAUUGAAAAAGGAAUGAAAAAUAAUGAUAAAAUAGUUUUUGAAAAAAAAGGAAAACAAGAAAUAGGAUAUGAAAAUGGAGAUAUUAUAUUUAUUGUUCAAACUAAAAAACAUAAAAUAUAUGAAAGAGUAAAUAAUGAUCUUCAUCAAAUAUAUGAAAUUCCUUUGAAAGAUGCACUUAUAGGUUUCUCAAAAGAUUUAGAACAUAUAAGUGGUAAAACUAUUAAUAUUAAUAAACAAAAUGUAACUUUUCAUAAUGAAGUUCUUAGAGUACAAAAUAAAGGAAUGCCUAUUAAAAACACUAAUAAAUUUGGAGACCUAUAUAUCAAAUUUUUAAUUCAAUUUCCUAAACAAUUAACAGAUGAACAGAAAAAGGUACUUGCAGAUUUGUUAUAA